AUGGCCCCUACAAUGCGAACCCUUGGAACCAAUGGCCCUUCUGUGCCAACUGUGGGCUUCGGCCUAAUGAGCAUCGGUGGCAUUUACGGGGCUGCUCCCAGCGACGCAGAACGCACUGCCUUACUGGACCACGCUCAUGCCAUUGGUGAAACAUUCUGGGAUACUGCAGAUGUAUACCAGGACUCUGAAGAUGCAGUCGGUCUUUGGAUUAAGCAGAACCCGCAGAAACGCAAGGAUAUCUUUCUGGCUACCAAGUUUGGCAUCCGAUUUGACCUGGCUACGUAUUCGCAAACGCUGCAUUCAGAUCCGGAGUAUGUGAAAGUAGCCUGUGAUAAGAGCCUUAAGAGAUUGAACACGGACUGGAUUGAUCUGUACUACUGCCAUCGCGUUGAUGGGAAGACACCGAUUGAGAAAACUGUCGAGGCCAUGGUUGAGCUGAAGAACCAAGGCAAGAUUCGCCAUAUCGGCCUUAGCGAGGUUACUGCGGAUACACUCCGCCGUGCGCAUGCCGUGCACCCGAUCACGGCCGUUCAACUGGAGUACAGUCCAAUCGCAAUCGAAAUUGAAGAUCCCAAUAUUGGCCUUCUUGAGACAGCACGCGAAUUGGGUGUUGCCACCGUAGCUUACAGCCCCAUGGGCCGCGGUGUCCUAACCGGUGGCUACAAAACGGCUGAAGCGGUCCACGCUAAAGACCCCUUUUUGGCCAUGCUACCGCGCUUCUCAAAGGAGAAUUUCCCUAAGAUUCUGAGCAUGACUGCCACAUUUGAGCAGAUUGCGACCCGCAAGGGAUGCACAGUUGGUCAGUUGUCUGUGGCGUGGGUGUUGAGUCGCGGCGAUAAUGUUUUUGCUAUUCCGGGCACAAGGAGUAUCAAGUAUUUGGACGAAAACUUUGCUAGUCGGCAAGUUACUUUGACACCAGAGGAAGAAGAGGUCUUGACGAAGACUGUUUCAGCGACAAAGUUGGAUGGGGCUAGAUAUCCUGCUAGUUUCCCCGAGGGAUACGAGUUUGGCGAGACCCCAGCUCUAUAA